AUGUCUUUAUCGCGAUUUAAAGUAUUAGCACUCGAAAUUGCUGAAAAAUGGUCAAAGUCGUAUGAAAGAGGUCUAAAACAAUUUAAUGAAAAGCAAACGGUGACAUUGGAUUUACGGACAAAUGCAUACCAAUGGGUUAAAUCAAACAAGUCGAUUCUUUUCAAUGAACUUGAUGAUACAAUUGAAUAUUAUUAUUCCUUUGAUCAAUAUAAAAUUAAAGCAUUCAAUGUUUGGUGUGUCACAUUACCAGUAUAA